UUUGAGGCAAAUAAGCAGAGAGAAAGAGUGAGAGCGAUCGAGAUCGGCGUUUAAGGAUUACCAGCAGAAACCGCCUCCGUCUUCUGACACUUCGCCGUCGCCGCCUGACCGUCUACCGGGGAUUACUUCACCGGAGACGUCUUUGAACAAUCAAAACCAUGAGAUAGAGGACAUUAUGGCUCCCAUGAUUGCCCGCUAGAGAGAGAGCUUCAAGCAAUCGACCGUUGUCCUCAUCCUUCUCACCAAAAGCCUGUCGUCCCUUUGGCCGCUAAUCCUGCAGGUUUCUUCGACAACUUCAAGAAGAUCAGAGAAAAAGCGGCACUCGAUUAGACGACGGUUGCUCGCCGAGAACGUCUGCCGCACUUAGGGAUGGGGAAAGUCAAUACACGUUUUCCUCGAUACGCCGAUCAGUUUAAGAAAGCUAUUGAUGCUGCUAGGUCCCCUUCUCGUGCUAUCAAGGUGGAGGUCGCCGAUCCUCCAGUGGGAGCGGGAUGUGCCGAGCAGCGAACUGCAGGUGAUGUUCGGUCUCUAGAGGUAGCUUCUGCUCGCGCCGACAAGAGGACUGUCACGGUUCCUGCGUGCGGCGAGACUCCUGACGCCCUAGCGAUAGUUGCGGAUUCUUCUGGGAGCCUUAGCCCUACGCGGAAGAGACCUUCUCAUGGCGAAACAGUUCUUGAGUCCGAGUCGUCAAAAAGGUCUAGGAGAGAUGGUGUAUCCCGCGAUACCACUGAGAUUGAUGACUCAUACUCUUUUUCCUACAAGACGAAGGAUGAGCUGUUCGUUAACAACAGAGUUGCUUGUGGCGAGCUUGCUAGCAAGAUUCGCGGCUCCUUUGACCCGCUUCCUUCUGUGGAUUCUCUUUCCAAUCCUGAGAUCUACAGAUCUUGGGCUCAAAAACACUUCCAGGAGGCUGGAGGUGUGAACCGCAUGGUCAUCUCGUACGAGCGUCGCAUUGCGGAGUUGGAGAAGGGCCUAAAUCAUCGCAGAGAGCUAGACAAGGAGAAAGAGAUUUCUGCCGCCCUCGCGAAGCAGGUGGCCGAGCUCAAGGCUUCUCUUGAUGCUUCCCGCUCUCAUUUCGAGCUGUUGGAGGCCCACCAUGCGUUUCAGAGGACAAAGAUGAAGCAGUUGUUUGAUGAGCGGUUGCUAGCAGAGCGGCAGAUCGUUAGCGCCGAGAUUGCUGGCUACAGGUCCCGUAUUGAGAGGAUGAGGAGGCACAUCAUCGAUAACAGGGCUGCGAAGGAAUCUCUUCUAACGUUGAGCCAGGUGACAGGUACAUAUGAGUGUCUCAAGGAGUUGGUGAAAGGUGGUACUGUCGUUCCUUCGGCGACGAUGCUUGGUUUGGAGUCCGACAUGAAGAUGUGGGAGGACAAAGUCUGCAGCUUUGACAUCAUUGACAUUCCGGAUAGCGAUCUAGAGGCUUUCCCAGAGUCCAUGGUCGUCGCGGAGGAGGCGAUAGGUCCUGCGGUUGCUAUUGAAAGCGAUGAGGUUCCUGCGACCGCCGGAGAGGGCGCUGAGAGUACGCAGGUUGUUGUGGUAGGGGUGCCAGCGACCUCCGAUGCUCAGGUCACUGCUGACCAGUGAUUUGCUUUGAUUUUCUUGUAUUUGUUCGAACUUAUUCCCGUUUUGUAGCAGUUGUUGUUGAGCCGUUUGGGCGAUUGUAUUUUACUUUAUGGAUAUUUAUGAUCAGAUUUGUUUCAUCUUACUA